CACAAAUUAUUGUUUAUCAAAGAUCCUUAUUCGUGAUCUGUAUUGUACUCAACUAUAUCAAACAUUAUAAUUAAUCAUUACAAACGUGUUUAAAAAUCAUAAAGUUUUGUUUUUCUGGAUAUACUUAACUUUGGAAUAAAAAUAACUAUUGGAUAUAAUUGCUGGAAUUUAUUCAUUUAUAAAUUCUAUAGUAGAUGAAUGAAAUAUGAAGUCUACAAAUUCGAUUGAUCAACAAACUGAUAAUACAAAUUCAAAAGUUAUGAUCAGUCAAGAUUUUGAAUCAAACCAGUCAAUUGAAAAUAAUAUUGAUACUGACACAUCCGAGAAUAAAUCAAAAGAGGAAUUCAAUGAUACUAGUGCAUAUAUUGAUGAAAGUGAUGAUGAUACUAUUGAAGAAGGGGAAGAAAUCAUUACUUCAGCAAUGCCACCAACUCAAAUAGUUAAUACUAUAGUUACCACUACUACAAAUCCAGAUGGUAGUUUAAAGCGUACCACGAAAAAAACAACACGUACCGUUCUGACAACAGCAAGAAUACGUAAAGUUAAACUAAAAAAUUUGUCAACCAAUUCAGAAUCCAAUCAGUCAUCAUCCUGCUCAAAGAAUCAUCCAGAUAUGCCAAAUAUCAUUAAUUUUACAAAGUAUAACUCUGAAAAACCAGAUGGUAAUUCGCUUGCGCAAGCGACAUUAGCUAUUAUUCCACCACAAACUGAAGUGAUUUAUCAAGAAAAUGUAAAACCUAUUAGUGAUAUAGAUCCAGAUACUAUGGCACAAUUAAAGCAAUCUCCUGAUAGUAUAACAUCCCAACAAGCUCUUACAAAGACAACUAUGAAGAAGACAGUAAGUGCAACAGCAGCUACUGCUACAUUUUAUGCAACUGGUAGUGAAGUUAUGAAUCCAAAUAUUUUCACAAGUAAUGAAUCCGCCAGUGAAGUUACCUCCGAAAUUAGUAACAAUGUAAAAAGGUUAAAAGAUUGUCAUCAAUCGUUUAGUUUGUCAAGUAUAAAUGAAAAAAAUAAAACGACUUUCAACGAAUCAAAUAGACAAGAUGCAUACGAAAAUGAAAUGAUUAGUACUGAAAAUAAUAAUACGCCAAUGAAAAAGAAUGAUUGUGAAUUUGCAAGAACUAUAACAACAAGAACUGUGACUACAACACAUAGUUCCGGUUCAGCAACUACAACCACUACUACCACGACCACAACUAUGGAUAAUAAUAAUAAUAAUAAUAAUAAUAAUAAUAACAGUACAAGAAAACAGACUACACGAGUUACUAAUAAUUUUGCCAGUAAAAGAUUUUUUUUCACAUUUAAGAAGCCAUUCAGUUUAUUUAGUAAAGAUUUUCGAACAGCUAUUGAAAAUGGUCAAACUAAUCAGAAUACUAGUUUGAACAAAACUGAUAUUGUGGAUACUGAACAAUUAGCAUUGAUGACAAUGAAAGAAUCAGAACGUAUGUUUUCUGAAGCCAAAUCAAUGUUUGCAUCAAAUCAAACAUUAACAUCAGAUAAAGUUUCACAAUCACAUAGUUCAAAAUCAAAUAAUGAAAUAAAUAUUUAUUCAAGAAAUGAUGAUGGAAUUGUACAAGGUUAUCAGUCACGAUUUGCAAAUUUACCAUUAUAUCAAGGUUAUGGAAUAAUUGCUCAUCAGAUUGCAUUGUCGAAUAAAGCAAAUACAGCUAAGAAAUCUACACCUGAAACGCAAAAUGUCAAUAAUGAUGAUGGGAAUGAUCAGCAGACUUCAAUAAAUCUUGUCAGUGAUCCAAUCGAUAUAGGACAAAUUUCAGAUCAAAGUGGAACUGAUAUAAAUUUGGUUGCAAAUGCAUUUGCUCAUUUAUUAGAUGAAUCGAUAUUGAAAUUUUUGUGUGAAGCAACAAAUCAACAACUUGUCAGAUCAGGAUCGUUAAAUUUAUUUGAUCUACCAGCAUAUAUAAGUGGACUUCCACAAAAUAAAGAGCUGCCAUUGUCUGAUUCAACAGAAGAAGGGACAGUACAUCAAGAAAAUGAAAUCUAUGAUAGUUCUUCAAAUUUAAGUGAUUAUCAUGAUGAUAAAAAUGAAGAAUUAUUCAAACAAAAACAACGAAUUAGUAAUUUACGAGAAAUUCAAGGUAAUAAAAGUGUUACAGAAGGUGUUGGUCAAAAAACAAGUCGAUUUGGUGUUGGAGCUCAAGGUGCAUUCCGUGUUGCUUGGUCAGAAAUGCCUGAAGUUGUAGAAAGUAACUGUCUUCAACGCUUAACAAGACAUGAAAUCCAAUUACAAGAAGCCAUGUUUGAAGUGAUUACCUCAGAAGCUUCAUAUUAUCAAAGCCUAAAUGUCUUAGUAAAUCAUUUCUAUCAUGCUCCUGAAUUCGAAUGCGAACCACUACAUUCACCAGUUCAAGGAAAUCAAGUAAAUAACAAAACAGGGAAAGAUUACUAUUCACCAUUAAAUUAUACUACAGGACAACAAGAUGUAAUAAAUACAAAUGAUCAAGUAUUAAGUGAGCCUAGUACACCAUCAGUUAAUAUAACACCGAUCGGUCCAACCACCGCUUAUUCUACUAAUACUAUCCCAAACAAUAAUGCUGACUUUACAGAAUUUUGUUCAGAUUUAAACAGUGCGAAUAAUCAGACUACAACACGCCGUCCUUUACUGAAGCCAUUAGAAAAACAUCAUCUCUUUUCAAAUGUACUACUUGUAUGUUUAGCAAGUGAAAUGUUUUUACGAGAUCUUGAAGCAAGAUGGGAAUCUCGAAUGCCAAUAUUGAAUGAAGUAUGUGAUUUAAUAGUGAAACAUGCUGGUGGUGUAAAUUUUGAACCAUAUAUUACUUAUUUAAGAAAUCAAACAUAUCAAAUGGCAACGCUUCGAAAUCUAUGUAAAGAAUUCGAAAGUUGGUGUAAAGCGUUUUCCGUGUGA